CGGCCCGCUUUCGCUAGUAACAUUUCACUCGGUCCUGUCCCCACAAUCCACAUCGUCAUCCGAGGAAGUGCCGAACGACUCAAUCAAUCCAAAGUGGUUCGGGGAGAGCAGUUCCGUGCAGCCGAGUGGAUGUAGUGGUGCCCGUUGUUCACUGCAAGUGAAUAUGAAUGAACUGCCGUCCGCGUAGAGGAAAAAAGAAAUGGACGACUCGGAUCGUACUCGACAAGUGCAUCUCUGGCUUGAGGAUACACCGACGGCGCUCGCAUCGAGUCUGGUCUGAGUUGAGUCAAGUCGAGACGGGAACGAGCUGCUCGGCGCGCACCAGUUGUUAAUUCGCGGUCGAGUCUCGAUUAUGGCAGACUUCUUGAGUGCUCCAGCUCCAGUGAACGCAGGCGAAUUAGAUGUCCGGCACUUGUGCAUUGUGUAGUGAGUCUGUGAUGCUCUACGUUCGGUGCCGUGCCUUGUGUUUGGUUACGUUCGCGCACAGAUGAAACACGGCGGAUGAUGGUCUAAAGUGAACCUAGAAGUGUAGCAAGAAAGUGCCUUGCCGGAUGUAAUUUCGAGUUUAUUGUUGUCGCAGCCGCCGUCUCCGCUCCGCCGCGAAUCCCCGUCGCCGCCGCUCCCUGACUUACAAGUUGCAGGCCGUAGACACCUUUCUGUCCUUUGGUUUGCAUGCAUGUCGCGCCGUGAAUCGCUGUCGCUUGGUUGCAGCACAAAUUCCGGGUUGCGAGUUGAAUAGUUGUGGCCGCGGCGACCCUAGUGCGGAGCAGUUCCGCGAGCGAAUCGCAACUUCCUGGCGCUCCUUCCUUCGUCCCAAAGUACAAAAUGCACGCGAAUAUGCGAGGACUUUUGCUGAGACAUCUCGUGUUCGCGGCGAUAUGCUUCGAGUGCACUUCGUACACGGAAUCAAGUACGCUGACGACAAAUGCGCCUGCUGCAGUGCCUCCGCCCCCGCCGGUCUCCACCGCGAGCCAUCCGACCGCGGCCCCUGCUCCCAACUGCUCGGCCGUGGCGCAUUUGCUGCAGGCUCGCGGCCUCAAAUCUUCAGAUAUUCCGAGCGAUCCGACAAAGGAUUCAAUCCAUCGAUUUUGUGAUCUACCCGCAACGGGAAGCUGUUGUACAUAUAAAAUAGAAACACAUUUGUCAUCCCAUACGAAAGAAGCAUUUCAGAAGAAUACCAAGGACCUGAUAGGAAAACUGUCCAAUGUGCUGGGAGCACGAGCUCAUAAACUUAAUGAAUAUUUUACGGAACUUUUAGUUGAGUCUAAAAAAGAAUUCCACAACAUGUUUAAGCGAACAUAUGGCAAUAUCUACGAAGAAAAUUCUUAUGUUUUUUCAAAUCUUUUCACUGAAUUGGAAAACUAUUUCACAAGGGGGAAAGUGGACUUGGCAGUUUCAAUGGAUUCAUUCUUCAACAUCCUCUAUCAGAAAAUGUUUACAGUGCUGAAUUCACAAUACAUCCUGGACGAUAAAUACUUGGGAUGUGUCAGUGAACAUAUGAAGGAGCUGAAACCAUUCGGCGAUGUUCCCGAUAAGCUAUCGGUACAAAUCAAGCGGUCAUUUGUUGCCACAAGAACUUAUGCCCAAGCGCUAAAUAUAGCCGCGGAGAUGACUAAAGCUUUAAUGAAUGUCCGCAUAAAUACAGAUUGCACUGCAGCUUUAACGAGAAUGCAACAGUGCAACGUUUGUAAAGGAUAUGCCCAGAAACCUUGCGCAAAUUAUUGUGUGAAUGUCAUGAGAGGUUGCCUUCAACACUACGUUACAUUAGAUACUGAGUGGGAUACGUUUGUAGCAUUUAUGGAGAAAGUGGCCGACAGAUUGCUUGGUCCCUUCAACAUAGUCAUGGUUGUUGAGCCAAUAAAUAUCAAAAUAUCAGAAGCGAUCAUGAACUAUCAGGAAACGGAACGAGCAAUAUCUGAACAGGUUUUUAAGGGUUGCGGUGAUCCUGUUUUGGGUCGAAGAUCGCAAGCAGAUCGAAUAAAGAAAUCAACAUCCCACGAAGAUGGAACAUCGUUCGGCAGUACAAUGAAUUUGCAUGAGGUUGAUAGCGACUUGUACAUACAAACAAACAGGACGAGACGAUCAGUAGAUGCAGAGCAAAAUGAUAAUUACGAUUCAUCUGAACAAAUUGUACCACCGACUCAAGUACAAAGGACACAACGUGAUAGACGGAAAAACAAGAAAAAGGGUAAUGGGAACAAGAAAGGUUUGGAUAAGGACGACGAUUCGUUUAAAGAGCCUUCACUGGAUAAAAUCGUGAAAGAUAUUAAACUGAAAAUAAAGGAUUUGAAAAAAUUCUGGUCAAAUCUUCCGUAUCAGCUUUGUAAUAUUGGCGAGCUGGCGUCUGUGCCGCCCGGUUCUAAUGAGACCUGUUGGAAUGGACAUGAUGUCGUGGAGCAAGAGGUGGCAACCAGGCAGGAGCCUGGGGGGAACAGUGAAAGCAUUUCACAAACGCCGCAGCAGAAAAACAUGGUAACUAGUCAAUUAUACUACUUAAAAACGGCUGUUAGCAAUUUGCGGAAUGCUUACAAUGGGCUGGAUGUAGAAUGGCCAGACCAAGAAGAGCCUUUCGAAAGCAGUGGCUACGGCUCGGGUGACGGAGACGAUGACGAUCUGGAGACCGGAUCUGGUUCCAGUGCCUUCGAAGAAAGUGUGCCCAAACAAUCUGAGACACCUUCCGUCUAUGUGAGUACAGCUAGUUCAGGUGGUACAAAUGCCACGGGAACGAAAAAGACUGUCGGCAGCAACACUUACGAAAACGAAGUAAUAAAGGGAAGUGGUGCAUCGCCAAAUGUACCACAAAUGUCAUUACGUCGUGCUCUUAUAAUGUAUUUAUUCCCAAUCUACAUGGCAUGGUUUGGCGGUAUUAUUUCAGAUUUACUGUGAUUUCAAGCGAUUUAAUUAACUUAAGGUACAUCUUAUUUAUUUUUAAGUGUAAGACGUAGGGAAUACAAUCUCCAGAAGGAAACGAGACGGUACGAAAACAAAAAUAAACAAAUAAAACGUAAAACAUACAGGAGAAAUUUUUAUGUGUGUAAAAAAUACAGAAAAAACGUCAAAAAUAAUAUAUCUAUAUAUAUACAUCUAAGAUUUGUACGUGUUGCAUAAUAAUUUUUCUAGGAAAGCCUUUAACUGAUAGAUAUCCUCCUCGAGAAAGUGUGCCUGUAUAUUUGUGAUUGCUCGAACAAUGAUAAGGUAUAAAUGGAAAGAAAGCCCACAAACGUAGCGUUAUGAGCAGAGAUGUGAAACGCCCAUCUAGUUAGUAGCGAUAGAACACUAAAUUAUGACAACAUAAAUGUGUAUAAAAAAUAAUAAUAUUAAUAUUGCCGAUAUCAUUUAUAAAUAAAUAAAAUUUGUCUAGAUGAAAGUGAAGUGAAACAACUAGGGAAUAGGAAACUUUUUUAAAACAAAUUACAUGUUUUUCCCAAGGCGAGAAACUAUGACUGAUUAUAGAACACUAAAAGAAGCAUUUGUAUAGUUAUUAUGGAACAAUUUGCGUAUUAUGUUAGUGUUGUAACUUUAUACACAAAAGUAACUCUACAUAAUUUUACUUUUUUCAUUUUAUACAAAUAAAUAACACGCGUAACAAGUAGAAAUUGCA